ACAACCAGGAAAAGGAGAAGUUGUAGGGAAAAACACACCCCUCUCCAGAUUCCCAACGGAACGCCCUUCUCCGCACAAGCCCGGACACGCUGCUCCCAUUAUCCAUCAUCUGACACAGCAGCCUCUGGUUAUUAUCUCCGCAUCAAAGCAAACACUGCAGAGGUAUAAAGCCUGCCCCUGCCUGAAUCCUGCUUGUUCUGGAGGCUCCCAGACCUCUAGAGGAUGAAGCUUUUCCUCCUGCUCGUGCUCGGCGUCGCCCUGUGCACGGAGAGUGCUUUCUCCCUGACCUGCUUCUCGUGCAAAGAUGCGACUUCCAACAUCCACUGUCUCAGCACCACCACGUGCUCGGCGAACGAGAAGUAUUGUCUGACAACCUAUUCCACCGCCGGAACCGGCAGUGACCGGAGCCAGCGAAUCACCAAGAAAUGUUCUGCAUUUUGCCCAACAAUUGACCUGAACAUCGGCAUAGCUGGAGUCGCCACCAGCUGCUGCGAGACCUCCUUGUGCAACAUCAGCGGGGCCAGCAGCGUGAAAACCAGCUCCACCAUCCUCACCCUGGGGCUCCUGGCCAGCCUCGCCUGCAUCCUCAGGAUGGGUUUUUGAGGGGCUUUUGGGGAAAACGAGGUGCUUGUCUUUGCAUGGUUCAAGCCGCGGUCCAUCAGGUGGGAAUGCUGCCCUGCGCCUCCUAGCUGGAAGGUCACCUCCCAUCAGGAGAGGUUUUUUGCUCUUUCCACGCUCUUGGCGACAUCACAAAAUGAUGUUUGGGAGAGAAAGGGGUAGAAUGGAGCCCUGCACAUGCAGAAUGGCCCCACGUGGUCACCCUCUCUCCUACUCCUGGCAUUUAUAACUCCGUGCAUUAUUUUUUUUUUGCCUUUCAUUUUAUCCCCGCCAUUCUCUUGUGCCAUUUUUUCCCCCCAUUUUCCACCGUGUAUCAUUUUGCUCCCAGAAAGCCUUUAAUAUUCCAGUUGUUAAACAGAAACUGGGCACAAUAAAGUGUUAUUUUAUUCUA